AAAAAUGGAACCAAUUUUGAUUGUUCACGGUGGUGCUGGUGACAUAAAGGAUUCUAGAGUUCCAGAUAAGAUAAAAGGUGUAAAAAUAGCUGCUAAAGCAGGUUAUAAAAUUCUGAAAAAUGGCGGUACGGCCCUGGACGCCGUCGAGACAGCAGUACGUAUCUUGGAAGACGACGAAUCUAUGAACGCUGGUAGAGGUUCCGUAUUGAAUUUGGACGGUGAAGUAGAGAUGGAUGCCAGUAUUAUGGACGGUUCUACCCUUGCAGCCGGUGCAGUGACCAUAGUUAGAGAUAUUGCACAUCCUAUAAGUUUGGCAAGACUGGUGAUGGAACGAACACCUCACGUUUUGCUAGCCGGUCCUGGCGCAAAUAAAUUUGCUGAAGAGCAGGGAAUUCCUAGACUUCUCCCUGGAAGUCUUAUCACACCUUUCGCUAAAGAAGCUCUCAAAGAAUUUAAGAAAAAAGGGGGAAGUCUUACAGAAAUAGGUGGAAAAGACAAUCCCGGUGACGUAGGAACUGUAGGUGCUGUUGCACUCGAUUCUCAAGGUCACUUGGCCGCAGCAACAUCUACAGGUGGAAUAAAUGGUAAAAUGGUAGGUAGAAGCAGCGAUACCUCUUUAAUAGGUAGUGGAACAUAUGCUGAUGAUGAAAUUGGAGGUGUUUCUACAACAGGUCAUGGAGAUUCUAUAAUAAAAGUUUGUAUGGCUUAUGCGAUCUUGAAGAACAUAGAAAAUGGAUCUGAUCCACAAAAAGCUACCCAGUCAGUUUUAGACAAAAUGUCAGCUAAACUUAACAAUACUGCGGGGGCUAUAACAAUCUCGAAAACUGGAGAAAUAGGAGUGGGAUUCUCCUCCAAAAGAAUGAGUUGGGCUUACCAGAAAGCUGAUACCAUUUAUUUUGGUAUCGAACAGGAAGAAGUCCAGUCUGAGAAAGUUAUUGAUGAGUAAAUACCUGAUUUGAUUGUAUUAUUAAAUAUUUUUAAAAUA